AUGUCGCAAGCAACCGAUACCGGUUACCUUUCACUUGAAGAACUUCCACCACACGUAAUUUCUUUUCUUUCGGAUUAUCCUCCUUCUGAAAGAUGUCGUGUUGCGAAGAAACUUUUAGUGUAUGCUGUUAGCAAACUAGAGCAAAAGUCGGAAAAGCAACAAAACCCAACAAGGCAAUAUUACCAGCUACCCACUUGGUGGUCUCCUGAAAAUAAUAAAGAAAACAGAGAAAACAAAAAAAAUGAUAAAAAGCAUUCAAAAUUACCAAAUGAGGAGCAGCUUCCGAGAAGGAUGAUUGACGAAAUUACUCAGACAUCUGAUGUUUAUAUUCGUGCACCUGAAAAGGUGCCCAAAGGGAAAGGCACAAUUAAGUCGAAUGGUUCAGAAUUUGAAAAGAAAAGAUUUAUACCAAUCAGCUCGUCACCAGAAACUUCAAACCAUGAUAUUAUACUAUCAGAAAAUGAAAGUAACAUUAAAUAUUAUAAUAUGCACAACAAGGACCCUUUCUUUGUUGCUUCAACAAAAAGACCAACAACAUAUGAACAUUUACAUUUGAAGAAGUCACAACAAAUGCAUAGAAUUUUAGAAUUUUAUUCAGGAAUUGGUGGGAUGCAUUAUGCCUUUCAAUUAUCAAACAAUUCAGGUGAAUUCCUUGCAGCAUUUGAUAUCAAUACGGUAGCGAAUUCGGUAUAUAAACAUAAUCUCGAAAAGUUCAAGAAAAAAUCAAUCGUACAACAGAAAAGUAUAGAAUCAUUGUCAAUAAGUUAUUAUGAUUCGUUUAACGCGAAUGUAUGGUUGAUGUCACCACCAUGUCAACCAUAUACUAGAACAGGUUUACAUAAAGGUUCAUCUGAUCUACGGGCAAAAUCUUUUCUUUUUUUGAUUGAUAUGUUGUCAAAGAUGUCUACACCUCCUACUUAUAUUUUGAUUGAAAAUGUUAAAGGAUUCGAAGAAUCUGAUACUAGAAAUACCCUUGUAACUCAAUUAAAAAAUUGUAAUUAUAAUUAUCAAGAACUUUUUAUUACACCACUUCAAUUAGGAAUCCCGAAUUCAAGAUCAAGAUAUUACAUGCUGGCAAAGAAACAACCGCUUAUCUUCAAAGAAUCAGAUCAUUUAAAGAUUUUAUGCCAUAUUCCUUGCUCUUCAUACAAUCAAUCAUUAACUUCUGAAUUAAUUAUUAAACCUAUUGGUGAUUUCUUACAAGAUGAUGUGAAUUACGAGAAAUAUUCCGUUCCUAACGAGACUUUGAUUAAAUAUGGAAAGUUAUUUGAUAUAGUUAAACCAACUUCGCGUCGUAGUUGCUGCUUUACCAAAGGAUAUUAUCAUUAUGUAGAGACAACAGGCUCAAUCAUACAAUUAUCUGAUGAUUUAAACUCAGAUAAAGUUUUCAAUAAAGUUGAACGAAAAGGUUCAAUUUUGGAACAAGAAAACAUUGAUUUGAUUCCACAAUUAAAGUUGAGAUAUUUCACAGAAAAUGAAGUUGCUUCAAUUAUGGGAUUUCCGAAAGAAUUUUCAUUCCCCGAUGAUAUUACUUUAAAACAAAGAUAUCGAGUCUUGGGGAAUAGCAUUAACGUUAUAGUUGUGUCCGAAUUAAUUAAAUAUUUAUUUUUGGAUUAA